CAGGUCCCCAAUUCUAAAACACAAUGUCGCAACGGGAUGCAGAUAAGUACCUUUAUGUGGACAAAAACAUCAUUAAUAACCCUCUGUCUCAGGCUGACUGGGCAGCUAAGAAGCUGGUAUGGGUUCCGUCUGAGAAGAAUGGGUUUGAGGCAGCUAGCCUGAAGGAAGAAGUAGGAGAUGAGGCUGUGGUGGAACUGGCAGAGAAUGGGAAGAGAGUGAAAGUAAAUAAGGAUGACAUCCAGAAGAUGAACCCUCCCAAAUUCUCUAAAGUGGAAGAUAUGGCAGAGCUGACAUGCCUGAAUGAGGCUUCUGUUCUUCACAACCUAAAGGAGAGAUACUACUCGGGACUGAUCUAUACCUACUCAGGCCUGUUCUGUGUGGUAAUCAAUCCUUACAAGAACCUGCCCAUAUACUCGGAAGAAAUAGUGGAGAUGUACAAAGGCAAAAAGAGACAUGAGAUGCCGCCUCAUAUCUAUGCCAUCACAGACACAGCCUACAGGAGUAUGAUGCAAGAUCGAGAGGAUCAGUCCAUCCUUUGCACAGGUGAAUCGGGAGCUGGUAAAACAGAGAACACCAAGAAGGUCAUUCAGUAUCUGGCUCACGUUGCUUCCUCGCACAAGUCUAAAAAAGACCAGAGUUUUCCCGGAGAACUGGAGAGACAGUUGCUCCAGGCUAAUCCCAUCCUGGAGGCUUUUGGAAAUGCCAAGACGGUAAAGAAUGACAACUCCUCAAGAUUUGGCAAGUUCAUCAGAAUCAACUUUGAUGUCAACGGUUACAUUGUUGGAGCCAAUAUUGAGACUUAUCUGCUGGAGAAGUCACGUGCAAUUCGUCAAGCCAAAGAGGAGAGAACCUUCCACAUCUUUUACUACCUGCUGUCUGGUGCAGGGGAACAUUUGAAGACUGACCUGCUGUUGGAGCCUUACAACAAAUACCGCUUCCUUUCCAAUGGGCAUGUUACCAUCCCGGGUCAGCAGGACAAAGACAUGUUUCAGGAGACCAUGGAGGCAAUGAAGAUCAUGGGCAUCCCAGAUGAGGAGCAGAUAGGUCUGCUGAAGGUUAUCUCAGGUGUUCUUCAACUUGGCAACAUAGUCUUCAAGAAGGAGCGUAAUACAGACCAAGCCUCUAUGCCAGAUAACACAGCUGCUCAGAAAGUGUCUCACCUUCUGGGUAUCAAUGUGACGGAUUUCACUAGAGGUAUCCUGACUCCUCGCAUCAAAGUUGGGCGAGAUUAUGUCCAGAAAGCUCAGACCAAAGAGCAGGCUGACUUUGCCAUUGAAGCGCUGGCUAAAGCCACUUAUGAACGUAUGUUCCGGUGGCUGGUUAUGCGGAUCAACAAGGCAUUGGAUAAGACCAAGCGGCAAGGUGCAUCCUUCAUUGGAAUCCUUGACAUUGCUGGCUUUGAGAUCUUCGAGCUGAACUCCUUUGAGCAGUUAUGCAUUAACUACACAAAUGAAAAGUUGCAGCAGCUCUUUAACCACACCAUGUUCAUUCUGGAGCAAGAGGAGUACCAGAGGGAGGGCAUAGAGUGGAAUUUCAUUGACUUUGGCCUGGAUCUGCAGCCCUGCAUUGACCUCAUAGAGAAGCCGGCUGGGCCUCCUGGUAUCCUGGCCCUGCUGGAUGAAGAGUGCUGGUUCCCAAAAGCAACAGACAAAAGCUUUGUGGAAAAAGUUGUACAAGAACAGGGCACCCACCCCAAAUUUCAGAAGCCAAAACAGUUGAAAGACAAAGCUGACUUCUGUAUCAUACAUUAUGCUGGCAAGGUGGAUUAUAAAGCAGAUGAAUGGCUGAUGAAGAACAUGGAUCCGCUGAAUGAUAACAUUGCCACUCUUCUCCACCAGUCAUCGGAUAAGUUUGUGUCUGAGCUGUGGAAAGAUGAGAUGCAGAACGUUCAGAGAGCCUAUUUCUAUCAACACUUUCCUAUUCUUCAUCUAGAACCAGUUGACCGUAUCGUUGGGCUGGAUCAGGUAGCUGGUAUGUCAGAUACAGCACUGCCAGGGGCCUUUAAAACCAGGAAGGGUAUGUUCCGAACAGUGGGACAACUCUAUAAGGAGCAGCUGGCUAAACUGAUGGCUACCUUGAGGAACACCAACCCUAACUUUGUCCGUUGCAUUAUCCCCAACCAUGAAAAAAAGGCUGGAAAACUAGAUCCCCACUUGGUCCUCGACCAGCUUCGCUGUAAUGGAGUGCUGGAGGGAAUCCGUAUUUGUCGUCAAGGUUUCCCCAACAGAGUUGUGUUCCAGGAAUUCAGACAAAGAUAUGAAAUCCUAACUCCAAAUGCAAUUCCAAAAGGAUUCAUGGAUGGAAAGCAGGCUUGUGUGCUGAUGAUCAAAGCAUUGGAGUUGGAUUCCAACCUCUACCGAAUUGGACAGAGUAAAGUGUUCUUCAGAGCUGGAGUCCUUGCUCAUCUUGAAGAAGAGAGAGACCUGAAGAUCACAGAUGUCAUUAUUGGCUUCCAAGCAUGCUGCAGAGGCUACUUGGCCAGAAAAGCUUUUGCCAAGCGCCAGCAGCAAUUGACAGCCAUGAAAGUGCUUCAGAGAAACUGUGCUGCCUAUUUGAAGCUGAGGAACUGGCAAUGGUGGAGGUUAUUCACCAAGGUGAAACCCCUUCUGCAAGUAAGCAGACAGGAAGAGGAGAUGAUGGCCAAGGAAGAAGAACUAAUAAAGGUCAAGGAGAAGCAGCUGGCUGCAGAAAAUAGACUGAGUGAGAUGGAGACCUUCCACGCCCAGCUAAUGGCAGAGAAGAUGCAGCUGCAGGAACAGUUGCAAGCAGAAACUGAACUCUGUGCUGAAGCUGAGGAGAUAAGAGCCCGCCUGACAGCCAAGAAACAAGAACUGGAGGAGAUAUGUCAUGACCUGGAAGCAAGAGUGGAGGAAGAGGAAGAACGGUGUCAACAUCUGCAGGCUGAAAAAAAGAAAAUGCAACAGAAUAUCCAGGAACUAGAGGAGCAGCUUGAAGAAGAGGAAAGUGCAAGGCAGAAGUUGCAGCUAGAAAAAGUGACCACAGAGGCCAAAUUGAAGAAACUGGAAGAAGAUGUGAUGGUUCUGGAAGAUCAGAAUCUCAAAUUGGCUAAGGAAAAGAAACUGUUGGAAGACAGGAUGUCUGAAUUUACAACAAACCUGACAGAGGAGGAGGAGAAAUCUAAGAGUUUAGCCAAACUCAAGAAUAAGCAUGAGGCCAUGAUCACAGACCUUGAAGAACGUCUGCGACGUGAAGAAAAGCAGAGGCAAGAAUUGGAAAAGACUCGUCGAAAGCUUGAAGGGGACUCCAGUGAUCUGCACGACCAGAUUGCUGAGCUGCAGGCUCAGAUUGCAGAACUCAAAAUGCAGCUGGCCAAGAAGGAAGAGGAGCUGCAGGCAGCCUUAGCUAGGGUGGAAGAAGAGGCGGCUCAGAAGAACAUGGCCCUGAAAAAGAUCAGGGAACUUGAAUCCCAGAUCACUGAGCUGCAGGAAGAUCUGGAGUCAGAGAGAGCAUUCAGGAAUAAAGCUGAAAAACAGAAGCGGGAUCUGGGAGAAGAGCUGGAAGCAUUGAAAACAGAGCUAGAGGACACGCUAGAUUCUACAGCUGCUCAGCAAGAGCUCAGGUCGAAGAGAGAACAAGAAGUAACGGUUUUGAAGAAGACCCUUGAAGAUGAGGCAAAGACACAUGAGGCUCAAAUCCAAGAGAUGAGGCAGAAACAUUCACAAGCUAUUGAAGAGCUGGCAGAACAGUUAGAACAAACCAAACGGGUGAAAGCAAAUCUUGAAAAAGCAAAACAGGCUCUGGAAAGUGAGAGGACUGAACUGGCCAAUGAGGUGAAGGCCCUUCUGCAGGGCAAAGGGGAUGCUGAGCACAAGAGGAAAAAGGUAGAUGCUCAGCUCCAAGAACUGCAGGUGAAAUUCACAGAAGGUGAAAGAGUGAAGACUGAACUGGUUGAGAGGGUUAACAAAUUGCAGGUCGAGUUGGACAAUGUCACAGGUCUCUUGAACCAGUCUGACAGCAAAUCAGCCAAAUUAGCAAAGGACUUCUCUGCUUUGGAAUCACAACUUCAGGAUACACAGGAGCUGCUGCAGGAGGAGACUCGCCUAAAACUGAGCCUCAGCACCAAGCUGAAGCAAAUGGAGGAUGAGAAGAACAGUUUCAAAGAGCAACUGGAAGAAGAAGAGGAAGCAAAGAGAAACCUGGAGAAACAGAUCACUGUGCUUCAGCAACAGGCAAUAGAUGCAAAGAAAAAGAUGGAUGAUGGGCUGGGCUGCCUUGAGUCAGCAGAGGAAGCCAGGAAGAAGCUUCAGAAGGACUUGGAGGGCUUGAGCCAGCGUUAUGAAGAGAAGACAGCUGCAUAUGACAAGCUGGAAAAAACAAAGACCCGCCUGCAGCAAGAGCUGGAUGACCUUGCUGUGGACCUGGAUCAUCAGCGGCAGAUCGUUUCCAACCUAGAGAAGAAGCAGAAGAAGUUUGAUCAGCUAUUGGCAGAGGAGAAAAGCAUCUCUGCCAAGUAUGCAGAAGAACGGGACCGUGCUGAGGCAGAAGCCCGUGAGAAGGAGACUAAGGCCCUCUCCCUGGCCAGAGCCCUGGAAGAAGCCAUAGAGCAGAAAGCUGAGCUGGAAAGAAUCAAUAAGCAGUUCCGUGCAGAGAUGGAAGACCUGAUGAGUUCAAAGGAUGAUGUUGGGAAAAGUGUCCAUGAGCUGGAGAAGGCCAAGCGAGCCCUGGAGCAGCAGGUGGAAGAGAUGAAGACACAGUUGGAAGAGCUGGAAGAUGAACUGCAGGCCACAGAGGAUGCCAAACUGCGGCUAGAAGUGAACCAACAGGCCAUGAAGGCACAGUUUGACCGGGACCUCCAGGGACGUGAUGAACAGAAUGAAGAGAAGAAGAAACAGCUGAUUAGACAAGUGCGGGAGAUGGAGGUGGAAUUGGAAGAUGAACGGAAACAGCGCUCCAUUGCUGUGGCUGCCAGGAAGAAGCUAGAGAUGGACCUGAAGGAUUUGGAAAGCCAUAUAGACACUGCUAACAAGAAUCGUGAAGAAGCCAUCAAGCAGCUCCGCAAACUGCAGGCACAAAUGAAGGAUUACAUGCGGGAACUGGAGGACACACGUACUUCCAGAGAAGAGAUCUUGGCCCAGGCCAAAGAAAAUGAGAAGAAGUUGAAGAGCAUGGAGGCAGAGAUGAUCCAAUUGCAGGAGGAGCUUGCAGCUGCUGAGCGUGCCAAGCGCCAGGCCCAGCAAGAAAGGGAUGAGCUGGCUGAUGAGAUUGCCAACAACAGUGGUAAAGGAGCACUGGCCAUGGAGGAAAAGAGACGCUUGGAAGCCCGGAUAGCUCAGCUGGAGGAGGAGUUGGAAGAAGAACAGGGCAACACAGAGAUAAUCAACGACCGGCUUAAGAAGGCAAAUCUUCAGAUCGAUCAGAUGAACGCGGACCUGAAUGCUGAGCGCAGCAACGCACAGAAGAAUGAGAACGCUCGCCAGCAGAUGGAGCGCCAGAACAAGGAGCUUAAGCUGAAACUGCAGGAGAUGGAGAGUGCAGUCAAGUCCAAGUACAAGGCUACCGUCACGGCCUUGGAAGCAAAGAUAGCACAGCUGGAAGAGCAGUUGGACAUGGAGACAAAGGAGCGCCAGGCUGCCAGCAAGCAAGUGCGCCGUGCCGAGAAGAAGCUGAAGGACAUCUUGCUGCAGGUGGAUGAUGAGAGGCGCAAUGCUGAGCAAUUCAAAGAUCAGGCGGACAAGGCAAACAUGCGCUUGAAGCAGCUGAAACGCCAGCUUGAGGAAGCAGAAGAGGAGGCCCAGAGAGCCAAUGCAUCCCGUAGGAAGCUCCAGCGUGAGCUGGAGGAUGCCACUGAAACAGCUGAUGCAAUGAACAGAGAAGUCAGCUCCCUGAAGAGCAAACUCAGGCGCGGGGACCUGCCGUUUGUCGUGACACGUCGAAUUGUCAGGAAGGGUACAGGAGAGUGCUCCGAUGAGGAAGUGGACGGCAAGGCAGAGGCUGGUGAUGCCAAAGCUACUGAAUAAGUCUUCCCGUUUGACCCAGGUUACAUGUGAUGGAGUGACCCAUCCACCCUCCCCUCUUCCAUUGGACUUUCAGCAAACCCUGUCCUCCUAAAUUUGCUGGGGAUCUGCAGAGCAAGCCCAGCUCCGUGUAUCUGGAGCCAUGGGGCAUCUGUGUUCCUCAUUUCCUCCUCUUUCCAGUUUCCUAAUCCUCCUGUAUUUAAUGCCAAAGAGUUGGGUCUCUGAAAUCUGACCAGCAGUUUGGCCACCACAAAGGCCUGUAGAACUGUCCGUGCCAUGUCUGCUGGUGAAUCCGUACACAGUUUGG